AUGGAAGAAAUACCAGUAAAAGUUGCUGUAAGAAUCCGACCUCUGCUAUGCAAAGAAGUUCUUCAUAAUCAUCAAGCUUGUGUGAGAGUUAUUCCAAACACCCAGCAAAUUAUCAUUGGGAGAGAUAGAGUCUUUACUUUUGAUUUUGUUUUUGGCAAGAAUUCCACUCAAGAUGAAGUUUAUAAUGCAUGUAUAAAGCCACUAGUGUUGUCGCUCAUUGAGGGCUAUAAUGCAACCGUUUUUGCCUAUGGACAAACUGGAUCCGGGAAGACCUACACCAUUGGAGGAGGCCAUGUUGCUUCAGUUGUGGAGGGUCAAAAGGGUAUCAUUCCUCGAGCUAUCCAAGAAAUAUUUCAAAACAUCUCUGAAAAUUCUAGCACUGACUUUAAUAUCAAAGUGUCUUAUAUAGAAGUAUAUAAGGAAGACCUAAGAGAUCUUCUAGAAUUGGAAACAUCUAUGAAGGAUCUUCACAUCCGAGAAGAUGAAAAAGGAAACACAGUGAUUGUUGGGGCCAAGGAAUGUCACGUGGAGAAUGCAGAUGAGGUGAUGAGUCUCCUGGAGAUGGGGAAUGCAGCCAGGCAUACAGGUACCACCCAAAUGAACGAGCACUCCAGUAGAUCACAUGCAAUUUUUACAAUCAGCAUUUGUCAAGUAGAGAAAAAUACAGAGGCAGCUGAAGAUGGAUCGUGGUAUUCCCAUCGGCAUAUUGUCUCAAAGUUCCACUUUGUGGAUUUGGCGGGCUCGGAAAGAGUAACUAAAACCGGGAAUACUGGCGAACGGUUCAAAGAAUCCAUUCAGAUCAACAGUGGGCUGUUGGCUUUAGGAAAUGUAAUCAGUGCUCUUGGGGACCCACGCAGGAAGAGCUCCCAUAUUCCAUAUAGGGACGCUAAAAUCACCCGGCUUCUGAAAGAUUCCUUGGGAGGCAGUGCCAAGACUGUCAUGAUCACUUGCGUCAGCCCAUCCUCCUCAGAUUUUGACGAGUCCUUAAAUUCCCUCAAAUAUGCCAACAGAGCACGCAAUAUUAGAAACAAACCCACCUUAAACUUCAGCCCCGAGUCUGACCGUAUGGACGAAAUGGAAUUUGAAAUCAAGUUGCUUCGAGAAGCUCUGCAAAGCCAGCAGGAUAGCAUCAGCCAAACCAGCCAGAUCCAUCAAGAGGGGACUCCUGAUAAAAACAGGAUCCGGUCUCUUGAGGAGCAAGUAGCUCAGCUACAAGGAGAGUGUCAGAGUUACCAAACCUGUGUAGAGGAAGCCUUUACCUUCCUGGCGGACUUAAAGGGUGCUGUCAGACUGAACCAAAAGCAGCAACACAAACUGCAGGAGUGGUUUACCAUGACCCAGGAUGUCAGGAAGGCGGUGUUCACCUCGUUCAGAGGGAGCCACGGCGUCGGCAACCUGGAAGAAGGACCACAGCAUGUGACAGUUCUCCAGCUGAAGCGAGAGCUUAGGAAAUGCCAGUGUGCACUGGCUGCUGAUGAAGUUGUAUUUAAUCAGAAGGAAUUGCAGGUGAAGGAACUGAAGAAUCAAGUACAAAUGAUGGUCCAGGAAAACAAAGGACACGUGGUAUCUUUGAAAGAAGCACAAAACGUCAAUAGAUUGCAGAAUGAAAAAAUAAUAGAACAACAACUUCUUGUGGAUCAACUGAGUGAAGAACUAGCAAGACUUAAUCUGUCAAUGACAUCUUCAGCUACGGAAACUUGUGGAGACGGGCCAGACACCAGGACACCUGGAAAGAGGCCAUGUACCGUACCGUUUGAUACUCGUUUGGGGCAUUAUAUUUAUAUCCCAGCCAGAUCAGAUUCCAGGAAGGUCUACACAAGUCCUUCUGUGUACUCUCUGGAUCGAGUAGUUGCCGGAUUUCGAACACGAAGUCAGAUGCUGCUGGGUCAUAUAGAAGAACAAGAUGAAGUCCUCCACUGCCAAUUUUCUGAUGACAGUGAUGAUGAAGAAUCAGAAGGCCAAGAGAAAUCUGAAAUUAGACGUAGAAGUCGCUCGUGGAUUCAGAAGCGAAGUUCUGUUUGUUCUCUUGUUGAAUUGAAUGAUAUUCAGGAUCAAACACAAAAGUCAAGUUUGGGGAAUGAAGAUUUAAAGAUUGAAUGUCUCCAGGAGAGUCAAGAGUUGAAUUUGCAAAAAUUAAGGAAUUCAGAACUCAUACUUACUGAAGCCAAACAGAAAAUGAGAGAACUUACAAUUAACAUCAAGAUGAAGGAAGAUCUAAUUAAAGAAUUAAUAAAAACAGGUAACCAUGCCAAGUCUGUAAGCAAACAGUAUUCUCUGAAAGUAACAAAACUUGAGCACGAAGCAGAACAGGCAAAAGUGGAAUUAACUGAAACAGAGAAGCAGCUGCAGGAACUAGAAAACAAAGAUCUUUCUGAUAUCGCCCUGAAGGUAAAAUUACAGAAGGAGUUCCGCAAAAAGAUGGACGCCGCAAAGCUAAGAGUCCAGGUCUUACAGAAGAAGCAACAAAAUAGUAAGAAAUUGGCAUCAUUGUCAAUCCAAAAUGAGAAACGUGCUAAUGAACUAGAGCAGAAUGUAGAUCACAUGAAAUAUCAAAAGGUACAGCUGCAAAAGAGACUUCGAGAAGAAAAUGAAAAAAGGAAGCAACUGGAUGCAGAAAUUCAGCGGGAUCAACAAAAAAUCAAAGAACUAAAGUCAAAAACAGAACAGGAAGACUCUCUGACACUGGAAACUGAGGACCUUGAUGCAUUUAAGAUGAAAAAGAGAAAAGGUUCGUUUGGAAGUAUAGACCAAUUCCAGAAAUUGGAUGAGCAAAAGAAAUGGUUAGAUGAAGAAGUAGAAAAAGUCCUGAACCAACGCCAAGAAUUGGAGGAGCUGGAAGAAGAUUUAAAAAAACGAGAGGCCAUAGUUUGUAAGAAGGAGGCCCUGUUACAGGAGAAGAGCCACCUGGAAAAUAAGAAGUUGAGAUCUAGCCAGGUCUUAAACACAGAUAGUUUGAAAAUAUCAACUCGCCUGAACUUGUUGGACCAAGAGUUGUCUGAAAAGAAUGUAGAGCUGCAACGCAGCACGGCUGAGGAGAAAAUAAAGAUUUCUGAACAAGUUCAGGCCCUCCAGAAAGAGAAGGAUCAGCUACAGAGACGAAGAAACAGUGUGGACGAGAAACUUAAAAAUGGUAGUGUGUUGUCACCUGAAGAAGAACAUGUUCUUUUCCAACUUGAAGAAGGGAUUGAAGCUUUGGAAGCUGCAAUUGAAUACAAGAAUGAAAGCAUCCGGAGUCGCCAGAACUCGCUCAGAGCUUCAUUCCAAAACCUCUCUUGUAGUGAAGCAAAUGUCUUGGAAAAACUAAUUUGCCUGAGUCCCAUUGAGAUUAGAGCUAUUCUUUUCAGAUAUUUCAAUAAGGUGGUCAUUUUGCGAGAAACUGAACGGAAACUACACUUAGAGAAUGAAGAAGUUAAAAUGAAGAUUCUGGAGCGGGAUAAUAUGGUUCGUGAGUUGGAAUCUGCAUUGGAACAUCUGAAAUUGCAGUGCGACCGGAGACUGACUCUCCAGCAAAAGGAACAUGAGCAAAAACUGCAGCUGCUGUUACAUCAUUUUAAAGAGCAAGAGGGGGAAGGCAUUAUGGAAACUUUCAAAACAUAUGAAGAUAAAAUCCAGCAGCUGGAAAAAGACCUUUAUUUCUAUAAGAAAACUAGCAGAGAUCUUAAGAAGAAACUUAAGGAAUUGGUAGGGGAAACAGUUCGGCGGCAACAAGUACCAUCUGAACAUCGUGAUGCUGGAGAUGGAGUCCUGAACCCUGAAGAAGCAGUCAUGGUUCCAGAAGAAUUAAAAUGGGCAUCCAGAACUGAAAGUAUAAAGUUAAGUGGAAGAGAAAGAGAAUUAGACAGUUCAACAAGCAGCUUAAGAACACAACUGAAUCCUCAGAAGCUCUUGGAAGAGGCCCCGGAAUUACCUCCAAUCUGUAGCUCUUUAGCACCCACUAGUGGGCAUUUGCUAAACAAUGAGGAUAAAAAAGAAAUAGACGAGUAUCAUUUCAUAAAAUCUCACAGUCGACCAUCACCCCAAAUCCAGCCAGUGGGAAACGCAGGACAGCUUCAUGGUGUCACAUCUGUAAAGUUAUGUCGUAAAGAGUUACGUCAGAUUUCUGCCUUGGAACUAUCACUACGGCGUUCCAGUCUUGGAGUUGGGGUUGGAUCUAUGACUCCUGAUUCCAUUGAAGUAGCUAGGAAGCCGAGUGACUUUAAAACAGGCAUUUGA